CGGACGUCUGGGAACCUGUGCUUCGUCCGUGGCGCUGAAGCCUCGUGAGAUGCUGUUGUAGAAUUGUUCCUUUUUAACUCUAAUUUUUAAAAUUGAAUGGGAACUGAGGUUAAGUCACCUUGAGUUAUUUUUUUCAACCCUACUUGGCUAAAACAAGGUUCAUGACCAUGCUCCCUUCAUUUUUGAAGCGGCUGCACAGGCUGCGGCGGUAUACCCACACCGUUUGGUGCUCGUCUUCAUCUCGACAAGCCGCCUCCUCCAGUCUGGUCCUCGGCAUUGAGACAAGCUGCGAUGACACUGGAGCUGCUGUGUUGAAUGAGAAAGGUGAAAUACUGGGAGAGUCUCUACAUUCACAGAAAGAAGUGCAUCUGAGGACUGGUGGCAUCAUCCCCACAGUAGCACAACAGCUCCACAGAGAAAACAUUGAGCGUGUGGUCCAAGAGGCUUUAGAAACAAGUGGUGUGGACCCAAGCCAGCUGGCGGCUGUGGCGACCACGGUAAAGCCAGGAUUGGCCCUGAGCUUAGGCAUCGGCCUUGAGUUUAGUCAGAGGUUUGUCCGGCAGCACAACAAGCCAUUCAUACCCAUCCACCACAUGGAAGCCCACGCCCUGACUGUCAGGAUGCUUCAUCAUGUCGCCUUCCCCUUCCUGGUCUUGCUCGUUUCUGGUGGUCACUCACUUCUCGCUGUGGCCAGGGGCGUAGAUGACUUUCUGCUUCUGGGUCACAAUCUGGAUGAAGCUCCAGGGGAUACACUGGAUAAAGUGGCGAGACGCUUGUCCCUCAUAAAACACCUGCAGUGUGCCACACUAAGUGGAGGACAAGCUAUAGAGCUUCUGGCAAAGAAUGGUGACAGGAUGAGGUUCCACUUCAGGACACCUUUGGGUCAAAGUCACGACUGUUGCUUUUCUUUCGCUGGAAUACGAAAUCAAGUCACACUGGCGAUAAUAAAAAAAGAGGCAGAGGAAGGUAUGAGGUCUCACUCUAAACCAUGUGUAGAACAGGGGACACUGUUGUCAUGUGCGAAUGACAUCGCAGCUGCCACACAGCACACUGUCGCCUCUCAUCUUGCAAAGCGCACACAUCGUGCCAUCUUGUUCUGUAAGGCAAAUGGCCUGCUGCCAUCAAGCAGCCCCACCUUGGUGCUGUCUGGAGGAGUUGCAAGCAACCAGUAUAUCCGAAAGGCUUUGACCAUAAUAACUGAGAUGACCGGACUGCACCUACUCUGUCCUCCAGCCAAAUUCUGCACUGACAACGGAGUGAUGAUUGCAUGGAACGGUGUUGAACGCCUGAGAGAAGGGAUUGGAAUACUGCCUCCAAAUGUUGACGUCCGCUAUGAGCCAAAGGCGCCGCUGGGUGUUGAUAUGACAGCAGAGGUGAAGGCAGCAGAGAUCAGGUUGCCAUCAGUCAGACUCAAGAUCCCCAACUGACAGCAUGUUGCAAACAAUUCAUUUGUCACUACUGGAUUGUCCCAGUUCAAAUAUAUACUACUAUAUUAAAUAUUUAUAAAGCACAUAACCCAGGUGUUUAUCAAUAAAUGUUUUUUAUACA